AUGGCCAAUCGAGACCAUCUAGCUUUCGAGCAAGGCAUCCAGGAAAAAGGCGAAAAGGUCGCGCAUAUGGAUACCUAUCAGCCUGGCCGCAGCAGCCUUCGACCCGACAGCACGCUGAGAGCGUCCUUUGACCGUCGUAACUCGGCAUCAGCACCGACCAGUCGGCGAAAUUCAGUCAGGAAGAGCUUCGACAAAGCCAACCUGGCAAUGGUGUGUCCUGAUUCAACCCACGUCGAAAUCAAUGACGAUGAAACAACCCAAGACAUUGAUAGUAUCGCUGUGUCAUGGUACGUCUGGCUUAUCUCGGCGACGGCGUCCAUUGCAGGUUCACUUUUUGGCUAUGAUACUGGUAUCAUCUCAGCUGUCUUGGUGUAUCUGAACAGCGAUCUGAAUCAUCGUCCUGUCACACCGAGUGAGAAAGAAUUGAUCACAUCUCUUUGCUCUGGGGGUGCUUUUAUCGGAUCAAUCAUCGCAGGAUUGACCGCGGAUAAGUAUGGACGCAAGAUCGCGAUCUAUGUUGGCUGUGUGCUUUUCACCAUUGGGGCCCUUCUACAAGCAGUCGCGUACACCAUUGCUCAGAUGUCUGUUGGAAGAUUGGUGGUUGGACUUGGUGUGGGCUCAGCUGCCAUGGUCGUCCCACUCUACGUUGCAGAAAUCGCCCCAACCAAGGUUCGUGGUCGGCUCAUCGGCUUGAACAAUAUGUCCAUUACCGGUGGCCAAGUGAUUAGCUACGGCAUUGGAGCCGCUUUUGCGCACGUACCCCAUGGCUGGCGCUACAUGGUUGGCCUCGGAGGUGUCCCGGCGAUCAUACUGGCCUGCCUCUUGCCAUUCUGCCCAGAAUCGCCUCGUCAGUUGAUAUACCACGGCAAGAUCGCGGAGGCCGAAGCCGUGCUGGCCAAGAUCUACAAGGGUGCCAGUAUUGAGCAAGUCCGCGCCAAGGCUGCCACGAUUGCAGCUGCGUGCGAGGAGGUUAAGGAGCUCAACCAGGACCAGUCGCGCUGGGGCAAAAUCAAGAAGUUGCACACCGAUCCCGCGUGUUUCCGCGCUCUUGUUUGUGCGUGCGGUCUCAUGGUCAUCUCGCAGAUGUCUGGCUUCAACACGCUCAUGUAUUAUUCUUCCACACUUUUUGCCUUGGUCGGGUUUUCGAAUCCGGUGGCAGUAGGGCUGGUUGUUGCUGGCACAAAUUUUGUGGUAAAUGACCUGGAUCAACAGCAAGUCAAUCCCAUUCUUGAUUUACAAGCAAUGCUAACCUGUCCUGUAGUGAUGUGUGUUGACCCUAUCGGCCGUCGUCGUGUCCUAGUAUCCACUGUGUGGGGCAUGUCAGCUGGUCUACUGGCUGUAGCGGUUGCAUUCAGUUUCAUCCCCGUUGAUACUCACACGCUGGCACUCGAGACCACUAAGGUUACUGCACCGGCUAUCGUGGUACUUGUCUUCAUCAUCUGGUUCGUCGCCUUCUACGGAGUCUCUGUUGGCAAUACUGCAUGGAUGAGUACCGAUUUCUUCCCCAUGGAAGUUCGCGCCACUGGUACCAUGUGGCUGACAUGCUCAUGCUGGGGUUCCAACAUCAUCGUCUCCUCAACCUUUUUGUCCAUGAUGAAAGGAAUGACGCCCUCUGGCGCGUUUGGAUUCUAUGCUGCUAUUUGUGGCAUCGGCUGGGUUUUGAUUAUUCUGUUUUACCCCGAGGUCUCCGGCUUGAACUUGGAGGAAAUUUCUGAAGUCUUCCAGCAUGGCUUCGGGGUUCGCUACGCACGGCAAUUGAGGAAAGACAAGAAAGCGGAGAUCAAAGAACGCCUAAGGAAUCAGCCAAGAAUCGCGGCUGUGGGCCAUUAA